UGAGAAUACUUCUUGGUCUUUGUUCACUGCUCUCUCUCUCUCUUUCUUUCUUUCUCCCUCUCGCUCUCGCUCUCGCUCUCUUUGCCGCUGACUCACUCACUCUCCUUCGUUCCCUCUCUGUUUCGUUCCUUCAGAUCUCUUCUCCGAUUCCGCCAGGUAUAGCAUGGCGAUGGAAGUUACUCAGGUGCUUUUGAAUGCACAAUCGAUAGAUGGGAAUGUACGGAAGCAUGCUGAAGAAAGUCUGCGACAGUUUCAGGAUCAAAACCUUCCUGUUUUCUUGGUCUCCCUCUCUGGGGAGUUAGCGAGUGAGGAUAAACCAGUGGAUAGCCGGAAGCUGGCGGGCUUGAUACUUAAGAAUGCGUUGGAUGCCAAGGAUGAGAACAGAAAGCGGGAGUUGGUUCAAAGAUGGUUGUCGUUGGAUCAUGCUGCGAAGACCCAGGUUAAGUCGUGCUUGUUGCAGACUCUCUCUUCUCUUGUGGUUGAUGCCCGGUCUACAGCAACUCAAGUUAUUGCUAAGAUUGCCGGGAUUGAGCUUCCUCAGAAACAGUGGCCUGAGUUGAUAGGGUCACUUUUAUCAAAUAUUCAUCAGGUUCCUGCCCAUGUCAAGCAAGCAACUUUGGAGACUCUGGGGUAUUUGUGUGAGGAAGUCUCUCCUCAGGUUGUUGAUCAAGAUCAAGUAAAUAAAAUACUUACUGCUGUAGUUCAAGGUAUGAAUGCGUCUGAAAGUGAUAAUGAUGUUAGGCUUGCUUCCACUAGGGCAUUAUACAAUGCUCUUGGAUUUGCUCAGGCUAAUUUUAGCAAUGAUAUGGAGCGUGAUUAUAUCAUGAGAGUUGUUUGCGAGACAACUAUGUCUCCCGAACUGAGAAUACGACUGGCAGGUUUUGAAUGUUUGGUCUCGAUUGCUGCGAUGUAUUAUGAGAAAUUGGCUCCUUACAUCCAGGGUAUAUAUGACAUCACAGCAAAGGCUGUUAGGAGUGACGAGGAGCCUGUUGCUCUUCAGGCCAUUGAAUUUUGGAGUACCAUUUGCGAUGAGGAGACUGAUAUCUUGGAAGAAUAUGUGGGUGAUUCCACAGGGGACUCUGAUAUGCCUUGUUUUUAUUUUAUUAAGCAAGCUCUUCCUGCACUUAUCCCUCUGCUUUUGGAAACAUUACUCAAACAAGAAGAGGAUCAGGAUCUGGAUGAAGGGGCGUGGAAUAUUGCUAUGGCAGGGGGUACAUGCCUUGGUUUAGUUGCUCGUACUGUUGGAGAUGAUAUUGUGCCACUGGUAAUGCCCUUUAUUGAGGAAAAUAUUACAAAACCAGAUUGGAGACCGAGGGAGGCGGCUACUUAUGCUUUUGGCUCUAUCUUGGAGGGGCCUUCCCCAGACAAAUUAGCAGCUCAAGUUAAUCGUGCUUUACCAUUUAUGCUUACUGCCUUAGUGAACGAUCCAAACAACCAUGUAAAAGACACUACUGCUUGGACUUUGGGACGAAUGUUUGAAUUUCUUCACAGUUCAAUUAUUGGUACACCAAUUAUUAAUGAGGGAAAUUGCCAACAGAUCAUUACAGUUCUCCUUCAGAGCAUGAAGGACGUCCCCAAUGUUGCUGAGAAAGCCUGUGGUGCUCUGUAUUUUCUCGCCCAAGGCUAUGAGGAUGAGGGACUCGCAUCUCCUCUAACUCCUUUUUUCCAAGAAAUUGUUCAUUCCCUUCUUACUGUUACCCACAGGGAGGAUGCUACGGAAUCACGAUUAAGAACUGCAGCAUAUGAAACAUUGAAUGAAGUGGUAAGGUGUUCCACUGAUGAAACAGCUCCUUUGGUGUUAGAACUAGUGUCAGUCAUCAUGAUAGAGCUACACAAAUGUCUUGAAUCACAAAAUCUUUCAUCUGAUGAAAGAGAGAAGCAGAGUGAACUUAUAGGCCUUCUUUGUGGAUGCUUGCAAGUGAUUAUACAGAAGUUAGGGUCUUCAGAAGCUACAAAAUAUGCUUUCUUGCAGUAUGCUGAUCAGAUAAUGGGAUUGUUCCUCAGGGUCUUUGCUUGCAGAAAUGCCACUGCACAUGAAGAGGCAAUGCUAGCAAUUGGAGCUCUUGCCUACACGAUAGGCCCUGAUUUUUCUAAAUACCUGCCUGAAUUUUAUAAGUUUAUGGAGAUGGACCUUCAGAAUUUUGAAGAAUACCAAGUAUGUGCUGUUACUGUUGGUGUGGUAGGGGACAUAUGCAGGGCAUUGGAGGAUAAAAUACUUCCUUAUUGUGAUGGGAUUAUGACUCAACUUCUCAAGAAUUUGUCAAGUGAUAAUUUGCACCGAUCUGUAAAGCCUCCAUUAUUCUCAUGCAUUGGUGAUAUAGCUCUUGCAAUAGGAGAUAACUUCAAUAAGUAUUUAAUGUAUGCGAUGAACACGCUACAGCUUGCUGCAGAAAUGUAUGCCCACACGUCAGGUUUUGAUGACGAGAUGACUGAGUACAUUAAUUCCUUGAGAAAUGGGAUAUUGGAGGCAUAUUCUGGGAUUUUUCAAGGGUUUAAGAACUCAUCGAAAACUCAGCUCUUGAUUCCAUAUGCUCCUCAUAUCCUCCAGUUCUUGGAUAGCAUAUACAUGGAAAAAGACAUGGAUGACGUGGUUAUGAAAACAGCAAUUGGAGUGCUUGGAGAUCUUGCUGAUACUCUUGGAAGCAACGCUGGUUCUAUAAUACAACAGUCUUUGUCAAGCAGAGAAUUUUUAAAUGAAUGUUUGACCUCAGAAGAUCAUUUGAUUAAAGAAUCUGCUGAGUGGGCCAAGUUGGCUAUCAAUCGUGCUAUAUCUGUUUGAGGUUCAUCUGAUUUAGCAUAUCCUUUAUCAUAAACUACAUGCAUGCAUUUGGGUGAGUUGAGGGCAGCGGGUCUUGGGAUUGCAUGUGUCAAAUCGUCUGCAUAGUCACUGGUCAGACAACGGAAGGUAUCUAUUAGAAGGUCUUCAAGUUGUCACUAACUCUUGCAUCAUCACCAAUGCAUCACUGACUUUUGCAUGAGCACCACUGAGUCCAGCACGGUCAAGAGGAGGAAGAAGGUAUUGGCGGGUUUGCAAAUGUGGGUCCUGUAGGUCUUCAUGAAGCAUAUAGUUGGUUGAAUGGCCGAAUGGAGGUAACUGAUUCAUGAUUCAUGAUUCAGAAGCUAACCUUCUCUUAGUUGGACUUGGAUAUUGAGCUUGAAGUUGGUAUCAUCCAAGAACGGACCCUUUCUAGGCUGAAAAUGGAUUUUUUUUUCCUGAACUGGUCAUGGGUGAUUGGAAAGGAUGAACCUCACAGGGUUGAACUGGUUUUCAUCAGCACCACCUAAGUGCUUUGUUUCUAGAAAAUCCUCUUCAUUUUUCUGACUUUUAACCCUGCAUCAUCUUGAAUUAUUUUGUUCAUCGUCCCGUUGUGUAUAAAUGGUCCCUAGGCUGUUUAUCAUCCAUAUUAAUUUCUCUCUCCUUUAUUACAUUUCUAGGGUGAGGGUCGUUUGUAGUUGGUGACCCAGAAGGGGAGAGAUUAUUUCCUACUUGCAUUAUGCAUUUCUGUUUUGAUGUCAGUUUCUUAGGUCAAAAAUCAUCAUGCAUUCAUGAAAUAAGCAUCCCUUUCUAAAUUUCUUUGUUUUGAAAUGUUCAUAUAUUGGCUAUUCAUAUGGAUUGGAACCAAAACUGGUCUUAUAUUUGUGAUGUCAAAAGAACCAACAGAUUGCGUUGGAUUGCUGCGUUUGUUAUUUUGGGAAUUUUGAUGCACUGGGCAUUCAAGUGUUAUUUCCUGUAUUAUUAUGGUUUGGUGAUAUGAACUUUUUUGUUCCCUGAGACAAUAUGAAAUUGUAUAUAAUGUUUGGCUACUUUCAA